GUACGAUUGCCGGCGAGAAGGAGGAGGAGGCAGGGGCGACGGCGACUCACUUCACGUGGGGACAGGAGAAUUGGCAGCGGCGGGAGGCCGGUGGCGCUCUUCAGUGGUUACGAUGAGUUUACCCCUCAAUCCCAAACCUUUCCUGAAUGGACUGACAGGGAAGCCAGUGAUGGUGAAGCUUAAGUGGGGAAUGGAGUACAAAGGUUACCUCGUCUCUGUGGAUGGCUACAUGAACAUGCAACUUGCAAAUACAGAAGAAUACAUUGAUGGGGCAUUGUCUGGACACCUUGGUGAAGUUUUAAUAAGGUGCAAUAAUGUCCUUUACAUCAGAGGUGUUGAAGAAGAGGAAGAAGAUGGGGAAAUGAGAGAAUAGUGUCUUUUCUGGGGUAGGGUAGGGUGGGGAUUUCUUUUGUAUAUUUCUAGAAAUAAAGAUUUGUUUGUUUUUCA